AUGGACUUAUAUUUUCCAUAAUUAACUGAUAUAUUAAGAUGCGUCAAUAAAAAUUAAAUAUAAUUGAUAGAAUUUACCUAAGCAAUGCUCUAGAUACAACAAUUAUGCAAGCUUAAAGCAAAUAUAAUACUAGUAGAUUUGUAAUUUUAAAGAUGUUUUUAUUGUAAGAUAGAUAUAAAAUAAUAUUAAAUGGAUGAAUACAAUACAUUACCAUGCGGACAUGUUUACCAUCUAAAGUGUCUUUCUUAAAUUGCGAUUUAAAAUUGUCCAAAUUUAGACUUUGAAAAUGCAUAUAUAGAAUGCGGAUUUUGUUAAUAAUUGCUAACAACAAGUUAAAUUAGAAAAUCCGUUCCAACAUAAUUUAUUUAAUAAAGAGAGCAAUAUAUGCUAAAUUAAUAAGCUAUAAAACUUGAGUAAGAGGAUAGGUAAUUGAGGCAAUAAUAAGCUAUGAAUAAGUAAUUUACAUGCAACAUUUGCUAGGAUGAGAAAAAUAUCAAUAAUGAAGGAAGAACUUUAAAUUGUGGUUGCUAAUUUUGUGAAGACUGUCUGAGAGAAUAUGCUUUAUAAAAGAUAAAAAAUGGCGAAUUUUAUGAAAAUUAAAUUUUUUGUCCAAAUUCAUGCAAAAAAUAAGGUUCUUUCUUAGAUACAUUCAUGAUCAAAGAUCUAUUAAAGGAUGAAAACGAAGUUUAUUAUUAAAAAAUGAUAGAUUUUAGAGCCAAAGAUUACGAAAGAGAUCCUAAUUUCAAGCUCAUAAAAUGCCCAGGAUAUUUGCUUAAAUCAUAAAAUUCAAAAGAAUUAAGUAUUAUGAAAUAAAAUCAAAUAGAUGACUUUAGAAUGAAGAAAAUCUCCAUACCAAGUGGUUUUACUAUACACGAAUGCUAAAAUAUGUGGGAAUACGACUAAAGGGAUAAUCUGAAAUAAACUAAAUGCAAUAUUUGUUAGUAUGAGUUUUGUCUAUUUGGGUGUGAAAAAACUCACCAAGGUUUCACUUGUGAACAAUUUAAAUAAUGGUUAAUAGAGAAUAGUGUGGUCGAUUAAGAAUUUUAAAAAUUAGUUUAAAGAGAUAAGCUUUUCCAAUGUCCAAAAUGUUAAUCUUAUAUUUAAAAAAAUGGAGGAUGUAACCAUAUGACUUGCAGGAGGCCUGGCUGUGGUAAAGAAUUUUGUUGUGUAUGUUUAGCUGAUCAUCCUUGCGGAAAACAUUGA